GUUUGGUUUUGUAACUUGAAUAAUUUUGUUUUUUUUAUUAAGUUGUUACGUCGUCAGCCGGCUCAAAAUAGUUUUCGUUCAAAGUUAAUUGGGCAGACAAAAAUUUGUUCGCAAGUAAAGAUUUUUGUUAGAAAAAUGGAUAGAGGAAGCUUGGGAAACUUUCGGACUAAAAUUGUAAAAUAUUCUUCUAAUGAAGACAGAAGGUCAAAUACUCUUCAUUGGAAAAAAGAAGUUGAAGAUGGCGUUCCUAAAAAGAAAAGACGGGUUGUUGAUAUGAAAACAUCAAAGCAACAUCGUUUUCUGAGAAAAAAACCUCAAAAAAAAGUUUGUAAAGAUAUUAACAGGGUUGUUUUGGCUAAUUAUAUUCCUGUUGCAAAAUCUUCAUCAAUGGUAAAAUCCAAAAAUUUUUUUACAAAUAGUGAACAAAUUAUUUUGAACACUUUAAUGUCAUUAAUUGCUGAAAACUACUCUUUAAACUCAAAAAUAAAUAUUAGUAAAGUUUUGGAAUUUGCGUUGAAAGAAUGUCCUACAGAUCACGAUCGAAAUAAUUCAAUAAAGGAUGCUACUUCAAAAGUAAUGAAAUUAAUAAAUUAUGAUCUCCAUGAUUUGAAAAAAGUAGCUGUAACUAUCGACGAAUUAGAAAAUGUAAUUAACAAACAACUUAAAAUAAUUAAAAAAACUGUAAAAAUCGAUAUUAAAAACAAAAUGACAAUAGAAGACGAAAUAGAAGAAUGUAAAUUAGUUUUGAUGUUUUUCUCGAAUGAUAAAGGUAAACUAAAUUUUUUUUAUAAAAAAUUAGCUGAUCUGACAGGAACAGACGAUAAAGGUAUUGAACUAUGGCUUGCUGAAGCAGAAACCAAUGUAGAUAAAAUACAGAAAUUAAUUAUUGAUCAUGCCGAUCUUAAUAACGCACCACUAAUGAGAAAAGAUCACCUUGAAGAUAUAAAGAGAAUGUUAAGUAUAGAAAUUUUCAAGAAUCAGUAUGACGAUUUUAAAGGCAAAAUUUAUGAUGAACAAGUCAAGUUUAUAAAUGCUUUAGCCUUACAAAAUUCUACAUCUGUUAGAUCUAGAGUUUCUCAAAUUUAUGUAGCAUCGAUGUUGCUGACAUUUGCUGUUUUUGAAAAAAAUAUGGAAAUGGUGAAAGUACUACUUAGAUUUAAAGCUGAUCCAAGGAUCUACGAUUUAAAAUACGGUCCAACUUCGAUCAGCUAUGCUUUAUUAAAGGAAGAUUUCAUACAAGAGUUUCUAAAAGAAGUUAUUAAAGAUGAAUAUAAAUUAGUAGAGCGCAAAGUUAAAUGUUAUGGUGCUAUGUCUAAUAGUAUAAGAAAUGUUGAGGAUUAUGAAAAUCAGGAUGAGAUAAUGGACAUGCUACGCCAACUUUACCUUUUUGAUUAUGAGGAUAAUGAUGAUGGUGAUGAUAACGACGAUGAUGACGACACCGAUGAUGAUGACGAUAAUGACCAUUUAAACGAUGUCAACAGUUGCGAUAAUGAGACUUAUAGUUGAUGAAAUCAUAUACAUAUGUCACAUGUGUACGAUAUAAGUAUGAAUGUUUGUAUAUGUUUAUAUAUAUAUAAUACUGUUUAUUUUAUUUUUAUUAUGUAUGUAUAUAUAUACAUUAUUAGAGUUGCAAAAAAACUCUUUCUUUUCCUCUUGCGUUUUUUUGGGUCUAAAAAACGUAUUUUUUUGGUGUAUUUUUGGUUU